AUGAGUCAAGCGGAGGAUUUAGAGGAGCAGAACUUUGUCUCGACCACCAUCAUAAAACAAGACCCGUUCCAAGUUUUUGAAGUGGAACAUGAGGCGUGUUUGGACUUUGAGAUCAAGGUUGAACGAGGAGAGUGUAUCACCAAAGGCAGCACACUACAAGACAUCAUGGACACUCCAGAUCCAUAUGUUAUACUCAAGAUUCCUGGGAGCUCAAACUCCUCCAAAAGAACCAGUCAUGUGGACAACUGCACCAAUCCCAUCUGGGACGAGUCUUUCCACUUCUACCUCGACCCUUCUAAAGAACACAACCUAAAGGUGGUAUUGAUGGAUGCCAACUACACCAUAGAUGAAUCUUUGGGUGAAGACACUUUCUGUGUUAAUGAGUUAACUAAUGAUAUUCCCACUGAACACACUUUUGUCUUCCCCGGUGGCUCUAAAAUUCACACACUUCUUAAGCUACAGAAAAAUAAAACGCCGGACCUGCGCUUCUCUCUUGCGUUGUGUCAGCAAGAAAAAGACUUUCUCCAGAUCCGUCGAAGGAAAGUCUUCGUGGCGAUGAAGAAGUUAUUGGCCGACAAAGCACCAGAUACAGACAAACAGGUUCCCAUUAUUGGUGUUCUCGGGUCUGGUGGAGGGUUCAGGGCCAUGACGUGUCUCAGUGGUGCAGUGAAGGCCCUUCACGAGUCUGGCAUCCUUGACUGUGUUACUUACAUCGCUGGGCUCUCUGGCUCCACCUGGUACAUCUCCACUCUCUAUGCACAUGAUUCAUUCCCCAAUGUGCCGCACGUACAAGUCCAGAAAGAACUUGAGGCGUCUGUGACGGAAGGGUGGAAGCGCCACCUGAUGCGGACGCCACAGUAUGUAGCUAGUAUGGUUGCCAAGUACAAGCAGGGGCAACCUGUGUCCUUGACGGAUUUCUUUGGUCAUCUUCUUGGAGACGUUCUUCUCAAAGAGCAAAAAAACAAGAAAUUAUCUGAAUCGCAGAAGAUUCUUGCUGAAGGGAUCGUACCAAUGCCUCUGUAUGCCGGUCUUCACGCCAAGAAUAAAGUGUCCUGUCGUUCCUUUUCAGAAUGGAUAGAAUUCUCUCCAUAUGAGAUAGGCAUUGCUAAGUACGGUACUUUCAUGAAGACACAAGAUUUCGGAAGUAAAUUCAUAGUAGGGAAAAAAAUUAAGACUUUCGAAGAAUUUCCUCUCCACUUUCUUCAAGGAGUGUGGGGCAGCGCCUUCACAAUACUCAUCAAGAGGCUGGUGAUGGAAGGGGGGAAGAAGGACAUUGUGCAGAUCAUGAGAGAUGUUCAGAAGGACGAAAUGGAAAAACAAAGAUGUGACACACACAGUUCCGGAGAGAGCUCAGACUCGGACGACGAGGAAUAUAUUGACGGUAAGGAUGAUAGAGAAUCUGAAGAGUCUUAUGGAGAAACUUCCAAUCCUCAUAAACCAAAGGAAAACAUAUCUCUUCCGCAAGAGAGCACUCCAAAGACACAAGCUACAGAAGAUUCCGUCGAUUCUGAUGGAAAACCUAGAGUUAUGACUGGAUUGGGUUUAAAACAACGGAAUAAAAAGAUUUCUCUUGGAUUUUUAGAGUUUCCGGGGAGGACGAUUUCCGGAGUGAAAAAAAAAAUGAGCACAGCCAGCGAUCCAGGAAUUACGACAGAGUCUGAAACAAGUCCCAACUCGAGCUUAAGGCACCAGAGCGACACUGAAGGCUCCCAGUCACCAACCCUUGAAAACUGUAACAAUGCACCCGGAGUUAAAUAUUUUGCAAAUAGAAGAAAAUGCCUUGAAAAGGCAAGAGAAGAAAAGAAGGCGGGAUUAUUUGAUGGGUUGGUUGAUGCCGUGAUGACGGGGGCCCACAUGCUCAACGCCAGAGCCGGGCGGGCAGGGGAGGUGCUCAGCCCCUUCAGAGGUCUCACCUUAAGGCAUUCCUUCCCCAUAUCCCCCAUUGCUGCUCUCACCAGUGGUGUCGACGACCAGGACGAUGACGUGGACAUUGGCAUACGCAGCAGGUAUGAGCCCUUAGACAACACAGCAAAGAAGUUGUUUAUAGUUGACUCUGGGCUGGCCUUCAACUCUCCGUACCCACUCCUUCUGCGACCACAACGAGCUGUUGAUAUUUACCUUUCAUUUGACUUCUCUCAGAGGCCCUCAGACAAAACACAGCCUUUCAAGGAACUACUACUUGCGGAAAAAUGGGCAAUGCAAAACCAAGUUAAUUUUCCUCCAAUAGAAAAACAGGUUGCUCAAUAUGAACAUGAAGAAGUCCGAGAGUGUUACGUGUUCAAGCAUCCAACUGACCAGUUUUGUCCAGUCAUUUUGCACUUUCCUCUGGUCAACAAGAAGUUCAAGAAGUUUAAAGCACCAGGAGUUCCGCGAAAAACGGAAGAUGAAAUACGUUUUGCUGACUUCCCCAUUUUCGAUGAUCCUCUAAAUCCAUUUUCUUCUAUGAACUUCGUAUAUGAACAACAGCAGUUUAACCGCCUGGCCAAGCUGGUAGAGUUUAACACACUCCUCUGCAUUGAUACUAUAAAGAAGGUGAUUGAAGAAUCUGUCACAAGGAAUAAGAAUGGCAAUCAGAACAGGCAAAAUUUAACUUUCAGUGAUGUAGCGAAGAUGAUGAAACAUGUGACUUACCUAAGUAAUAACACGAAUAAUGAUGGUCUCAAAUUGAACAUUUCGAAAGAAAAUGAGCAUCUGUUAAAGAAGCACGCGCGGAGCUCUGAACAACCAGCACUAAGGAAGACUCGGCCACCACCACCACCACCACCACCACCACCAUCACCACCUCCUACCACCAACGGGAGACAACGAGCUAAGGCAGACAAGCAGUCUUACUGGUCAUGUGCUCACGCCCAAACAUAACUUAAGUAGAAGAAUACCCACUGAUGUAAUCUAUCCCCAUCUUGUCAACUGAGGCAGGAAGGUUUGAGGUACAUAAUGGGCUUAGGAAAUCAAUCUCAAUAUUUGCUUAGUUAUGCUCUUGACAGCAUUGAUGAGCUAGUACAACUGUGUCACGUAUCCAUUAAUAGUUUUAGGUAAUAAGUUUAUGUACAACAUAAUAAUCUUAAAGGUAGGCUACAGAAAGGUUAGUCCUGUAACAGUUUAUGUAAUGGACCUCAAUGGUCUUUAAACUUAGCAGUUAAUUUGCCCAUCAUGGCGCCCACACCCACCAUGCCGCCCACACCCACCAAUGGUGGGUAUAGGCGGCAUGAUCUUAACUCUCAUUUGAUGUUAACUUGUUAACUCUGACAAGUCAAGCCUGGCCUCGGGCCGGCCUUGGGGAGUAGAAGAACUCCCAGAACCCCAUCAACCAGGUCAAAGAGUGCUCCGUCUCCCAGAUUAUUUACACUGAUGGCUCCUUGCACCAGUCCUAUGGUGCAGCUGGAAGUGCAGUUGAUGGCUCUUAUUCCUGUGAGUGUGGAGUGCGUACAAAUAACUGGGCCUCCAUUCUUCAGACUGGAUUGUUUGCCAUAAUCAUUGCAUUCGAACAAGUAUAUAAAUAUAAAGUCGACGUGCUUACUUAAUCGUUAGUGACUUUGUCAUCCUUGACUGGUUUCAGCUCCGCAAGGUAUAACUGUCCAUACUUGUAUCUGAAGCUAGUCACAGUUAUACAAUAAUUAGGGAUAGAUUCAGACUUUGUCUCCUGUGGAUUCAUUGCCAUAUUGGUCUCCAAAUGCAUGAUAGAACUGAUGAGUUAGCAAAAACAUUUGCUUGUAAACAAUAAAUUUCUUGCCAUCUUCGAUUGCCUUCGAGCAGCCUGUGGACAGCUAUUCAGGGAACAGCAAUAAAAUCUAGUAGAUUUGAGGCAAACCUAGGAAUGAUCCGUCAGCGAUGAUCCAUUUGGAUUGCUCUAAGGCUUUCGAUAGGGUUGAUGUUGAAGUUGUGUUCCAGGUUUUGCGUCAGGUCGUUGUGGCUGAGAUCUUUAUAUAUCUUGGGCGCAAAUGGUUUAUUCUGAGAGACAAAGCUGUUUACGGUAAAUGGGUUACUGAGUGCGCCCUUUGCGACUGAGGUCUGUUCGACAAGGGUGCCCCCUAUCCAUGACUUUGUAUGUUAUGUUUCAUGAACCUCUGUGUGCAGCAGUUGAAAUGAAUGUUUUUAUUAUCCCGCUGAUUCUUGGUUAUGCAGUCGACACUACGGUGUCUGUGUCGGGUGAGGCUUCUGUGGUGAACAUGAUAAAGUUGACGCCCUUGAUGAGGUUGCAGUAAAUAAAGACAGUAUUGAAACGUAAUCUUGAGUUAUCAAAUAGGUCCUUUAAUAGUGUUAUUAGACGAGAACUCUUGGAGGAAUUUG